AUGCUGGAAGUCCACCAGGGACAAGUUGGGGAUGGACGGAGAAGCCCCUGGCGGCAGUCCUUUCAUCCGGAUGCACAUCUGUACCGAUUUCAGGCUCUGGACCACGAGCUAGAAACUGCCACCUCACAACCUCACAACAGCUCCAUGUAUGGCCGGAUGAAUGAUGCGGCGGUGGCGGAUACCUUGGCAACAACCACGAGGACGACGAUGAUACGGACUGAGGAGCAGCGCCAGGAGCAGCAUUCAGAGUCCAUUGAGACUAGAAUUCAACAUAUUGACAGCGGAGGCAAUCUGCACGGACCACUGGACCAGAAGCACUCUGCCAAGUUGGACAAUGUGAAAAAAUCCUGGGAGUCCUAUGGCAGGCGACAAGAACAACAACAACAACAGCAACUGCAAUCCAACUGGACGGAAACACAGCGAUCUCGAUCCGGUGUCCGCCAGUGGGAUGUCCGCUCCGACACAUUCGCCCCUCGAUGCAUUGAACUUAAGCGUGUCUUGCCUGUCAAGGAUGGGAUCAUUAGUCCGGAAGAACCUGCAUAA